GGUGGGCCCGGGGUGGGAAGUUUCGUGCAAGGAGAAUCUGACCAGUAACUCGUGACGAAAACUGACUGAUGCACCCGGGAUUGGCUGCGCUGCGGGAGGGCCAGGGAAGGCGACCUGCUCCUGUGGGGCGUUCCUCAUUCCUCGAAUAGUUGUGCUCAGCUCCCGUUAAGUACUAGGCACCAAGUCUUAAAAUGAGUAACCAAUGUCACUACUUACUCUCGAAGCUGCCGGUGUGUGGGGAGGGUCUACGAAAGCCCCACACUGCUCUAAUCCUGUUAAGUAGUGUUCUUUUGGGGGGUGGGUCGGGGGGAAAAGACUUAAAAAAGGUCUUGCAGAACGUUUAGGAUGCUUAGGUGGUAAGAGUCAGACCUCUUUUUCAGGGUUCCAUAAAAUUUACCUGGGGAGAGUAAAUCCUAAAAACUCGGCAACUGCAGUUCUCAGACUUAACACCUUCCCUCUUUUCAUAGGAAACAUGACCGCAGCUUCCUUCACUGAGUUUUCUCAGGCAGGAGUGUUAGACACCCCAGGUCCCCUGUCCAAGGUCACACAGCUGGUAAUGGAAGACCCAGAAUUUGGACACUUGCCUCUCCGGUCUCCUACACAGGUUGCAGUUAAGGACUUAGUAAACCAAGCCAGAGUAUUUGCAGUAUAUGCAGUGGAUAGGGCUGUGGAGGAUAAGAUGACUAGAGAGACGCCCUCUCCUCCAGGAACCUAACGUUUGAAAGAAUUGUAUUCCAGAUUAAUACAUCAUUUAAAAAAAGUAUUAGAUGCCUUAUGUGUGCCCAACUUCUUGCUAGGCCUAUAGGAAGAGUGCAAAAGUACCAUAUAGUCCCUUCCUUAUCCCAGUUCUGGGCUCCUCUGGCUCUUCUGGGCUGUAGUCUUGCCCAUGUGUGAAAGGAACAUAGAGAAUAAUCUAUCCUACUAUGUUCUCUCCCUGUUAACAUACAUACAUUCUCCACACUUCCCAGAUUUCACAGGAAAAUCUUUGUGAAAAAACCUUGCAAAAGAAUCUGUUUGGAUCAUGAUCGGGCUUGGGUACUUGGAAUGGGGAGGGAGCUGUCAUUCCUGUUUCCACCAACUCCUUGAACAUGUCAGACUGGAUCCGAAGCCGGAAGGGGCAAUGUCUUUUAAAGUACUGGACCUUGUUUCUGUUAUGGGAAAAAGGGAAGUGAGGACUGGCCAUUCUGGUGCUCUGGAUUUCAUACCCCAUGCUCACCUAGAAAAGAGACCGAAACCUUUCCAGAGUAGAUUGGGAAUCACUGUUUUGGAGGAGUGAAGGUGCUCAGUAGGGCUUCUCUGAGGAGGGAUUAUUGGAGCAGAGCCCUGAAUGAAGGAGGAGAAAGGGCUUUCAGGUAGAAAGAACUACAAGUGGAAAGGCCCCAAAGCAGGCUCCAGAGGGUCAGGGAAACGAUUCCAUCCAUCCAGUUCCUCCCCCCUCCUCCUCCCAACAGUGAGAAGUGGGUUAUUUGCUUCUAGAUGGAUGUAAAUUUCAGCAGCCUCUAGGGGUGUCUCAGAGUCCUGGAGACUACAUUGUCAUUAGGGCUGGGCAACAGACUUCAGGACUGGGACCAGGGUGGGGGUUAAGUAUAUAUAGAGAGGCCAGCAGAAGAAUCUUCUCUCCCGAAUGCAGCUACUGCUCCCCAAACCACUUCUUAGGCUGACCGUUUCCUUUCCUCUACCAGGACCGCAAAGGAAUCCACCGCAGAGUACACAGAGUGAGCCCCGGUCCCAUGGUGGUCCCUGGGGCCGCCAGGGGCUUCCUGCUGCACUGCUGCCAGCUGGCCAGGGCCAGGAAGGGUUGGGGACUAUCGGGGAGAGCCCGAGACGGGCCUCCCAGCCUACCAUCCCCUUCCUGUCCCUGGACCCACCUGCCAUCCUUGUGGCUCUGGAUGAGCUUGCACCACAGGGGAACCUCAAGUCACACAGGGGUAACCAGUAGUACCCACCUCAAAGGACUACUGGGAGGAUGAAAGGGGUACAUACACAGAAACAUAUGAGAGCCAUUCCAUAUUGAUGCUAGUAAUAACUGGAGAGCAGCAGUGAUAGGCUUUGCAUGAGUUAUAACCCCAAGUCCCAACCAGGUCUCCUAGAUGGCAGUACGGAUAUUCACUUUCCUGAAGAGCAGAUGGGCCCUCUGGAGGGUAUGGCCAGAGCCCCACAUCUUAGGAGAUGAGGAGAGUGGCUAUCUUCUGGUUACUGAGGCUCUAAGGGUCAGGGCAGUUGGUGACCUCUUCCCAUGCAGUCCCCUUCAGGGACUGUGAGGUGGGUCAGCCUCCCUUUGUACAUUGUUCCAGCGUUUGGAAAGGCCAUUUGGCAAACACUAUCUAAUAGAACAGAAAUGUGAGCCACAUUUGUAAUCAUCACUUUUCUUAAAAACAGGUGAAAUAAAUUUUAAAACUAUAUUUCAUUUAACCCAAUAUAUAUAAAAUAUUAUUUCAAUAUAUAGUCAACAUUAAACAUUAUUAAUGAGAUAUUUUGUAUUCUUUUUUCAUACUAAGUCUUUGAAGUUAGGAGUGUAUUUGACCUAUAGCACGUCUCACUUUGGACCAGCCACAUUUCAAGUUUCAGUUGCCACAUGUGGCUUGUGGCCACUGUAGCAGACAGCACAGCUGAGACAGCCCUCAGACCCACUCCUGCAGCCCAGACCAGUUUUAUCCAACUCUGGCUUCAAGAUGGAGGAAUUGUGAGAUGAUCACUUGCCCCAGAAAUGUUGGCCUGGCAGAAGAGAUAACCAGGGAGGAAAAUCUUUAUACUGACUGAACAACACAACUCAGAAGAAAAAGAACUACAUUUCUCUCACAGUAGAUUGUUAGUAAAUGUAGUAAAUCCUGAUUAAGUCCAACACUCCUGUGAACAGUUAGAUAUGGCAUGAAAUGCCUGCAAUAUCUAUUAAGAAAAAAGUUUCAUGGUAUACGAAACAUUUAUUGUGAAUAUUAAUUUUUGCCAUUACCUUAUCUUCUUAGUAAUUGUCUUUUAUUAAUUAUGUAUAAGUUUGUAAGUAUUAAAUACUUGAAAGUUACUAAAAUACUUUAAAGUAUUGAACAAUUAGGACUUUUCAUCAAUUCACACGUAAUUACCCCCUUCCCUCUUUCGAAGCCUCCCUUGUACUUAUUUUUUUCCAAAAAUCAAAGAAAUUUGGUGGUAUAGCAACUUCAGAACUCAAUCAGGAAAAUGAUGGUUAGGACAGUCUAGAAAUUGUUCUUCUUUUGGCACAGUAAUAUUUUUUUUUUCUUUCAGAUUUCUUCCCAAGCAUAGACCCUUUCCUUCCAGGGCAAGCUCCAGCAUGGGGUGAGGUACAGAAGAGAGACUUGAAGGAUACACCCUGGCACUCAAGCACAAAACCCGCACCCUUGACCAGGGUCUCUUAUUCCAUGUCUGUGAUGGGGCAAAAUGGGCACAGCACAUCCUGCUCCAGAGGCACAGGGAGAGAACAUGCUAUAUCCACCACUCCUUCCCAAGAAGGAGGGGAACAGAAGCUUCAGAGCCCACCCCUGCAGGGCUCACGGUACAUGGUAAACCUAGCUGCAGCCCACCUCUGAAACAGCCACAGCACCUGCUGUGAGAGAAGGAACCCCGGAAUCCGCGGACCAGUUUUCCGGGCCUCCCUCUCUUCCCUCUGCUACCGUUCCCUUUCUAGGCCUUAAGAAAACUGAAAAUAACUCUCAGCUGGAGGAGGUGGACUCCAGAGUGUGAGUGGCACGCUGCACCCUGAGGGCGCCCGGCCUGGCCCUCAUCAUGCUCGCUGCUGCCUCAGAGGCAGCAGCCGGCAGGCCUUAUGGGUGCAGUGAGUGUGGAAAGAGCUUCCGCUACAGUUCGGUGCUGCUGCGGCAUGAGCGCGCCCAUGGUGGCGACAGCCGCUUCCGCUGUCUAGAGUGCGGCGAGCGCUGCGCACAGGCCGCAGACCUCCGUGCGCACCGACGUGCUCAUGCGGGCCAGACGCUCUACAUCUGCAAUGAGUGUGGCCAGAGCUUCCAUCACAGCGGCCGCCUUGACCUACACCAGAGCGCGCACAGGCGGCGCAGCCGCUCCUGCCGCUGCCGAGCUUGCGGCCGCUGCUUCCCACACCUCCCGGCUCUGCUGCUGCACAGGCGCCACUGGCACCCUCCUGAGCUGCCCCGCCGCUGUCCGCUGUGCCCUCGUGCCUUCCGCCAGAGCGCACUGCGCUUCCACCAGGCACGGGCACACCCAUGGGGGACACCGGCCGUGCCCGCUGACACGCUCCAUCGCUGCACUCAGUGCCCGCGGGCCUUCCGCAGCGGUGCGGGACUUCGGAGCCAUUUGCGUGUCCACACGGCCAGGAGCCCUGGUGACUCCACACUUCGGCAGCCAGGCACUUCGGACGCACACCAAUGUAGUAUGUGUGGCAAGAGCUUUGGCAAGAGCUCCACACUAACGCGACACCUGCAGACGCACUCGGGUGAGAAACCUUUCAAAUGCCCAGAGUGCGGCAAGGGCUUCUUGGAGAGCGCCACCCUGGUGCGCCAUCAGCGCACGCACACGGGCGAGAAGCCCUACGCCUGCAGCGACUGCGGGCGCCGCUUCAGUGAGAGCUCCACGCUGCUGCGCCAUCGGCGCAGCCACCAGGGAGAGCGGCCACACGCAUGCGCCACGUGUGGCAAGGGCUUCGGGCAGCGCUCCGACCUUGUGGUGCACCAGCGCAUCCACACAGGCGAGAGGCCCUUCCCCUGUACCGAGUGUGGCCGCUGCUUCAGCGACCGCUCGGACCUCACAAAGCACAGGCGCACACACACAGGCGAGAAGCCCUACCGCUGUGAGUUGUGCGGCAAGCACUUCACGUGCGUGUCCAACCUCAACGUGCACCGGCGCAACCAUGCCGGCCACAAGCCCCACAAGUGCCCUGAGUGUGGCAAAGCCUUCAGUGUGGGCUCCAAGCUGGCACUGCACCGCAAAACGCACCUGGGCGAGCGGCCGGCGGAAUGUGCGGAGUGUGGCAAGUGUUUCAGCCACAGCCGCUCCCUGUCGCAACACCAGCGGGCCCACACACGUGCUCGCGCCGCCGCAGCUACAGCUGCCGCUGCCACUGAGGCCAAGGCGGGCACUGCCCUCAUCUUUGCUGGGCAAGCAGGACAGGAAAAGCCAGGGCUUUUUGUGUCUCAGUUGAGAAAGACUUGCUGAGAGUCUUCUCCGGAGUGGGCUUGAUAAGCACUUUCAUAGUGCCAUAGGGAUGGGUGGGACAACUCGCAGAUGGAGUUCUGUGGAAAGACAGCGUGGCAUAUUACCUUUCUCCAUCUCUGUUGGUAGCACUUCACCUGGCCUCUCGCUGCACCCCUACACCUGCUUCCCCUGUCAGCUCUUUGCCUGUUCUCUGUCCGUCCUUCUCCCCCUCUGAGAUGUAGGUGCAGGGGGAACCUCUCAGACCCCACACGUGGGAGAGCGCCCAAGUAUUGGUGUGUCCCAUCCCUGCUGCUGUGCUCUCAGGUGUUUCCUGUUUUCCCAUCAGCAUCCUGUCUUCUCUUGUCCCAUCUCCUUUUUCCAGCCUGAGUGUCCUCUACCUCUUCUUUCUAGAUACUUUUGGUGUACUGCCUCUUCAGUUAAUGACCACAGAUGUGGCUGGAGUCACAGGCCCUGUGGUUUUCUUGACUCUUCCUUUCACUUGACUGUUAGUCUCUCUGCUGCUUUCUCCCUCAGCUUCUGAGAGAUGGGAAAUUUGUGGAGAGAUAGUGGGAAAGCUCACUUCACUGAAAGAUAUCUCCACGCCAGAAGCACCCGGAGAAGUGCUUCACACCAUGUAAAGGUGGGCAGGAGCUCUCAGCGUGGCUGCCCACCUGUCCCAUGGGACAGACCUGUUGGUGUACAGAUCAAGGUGCCUCUCAGGACAGUGUUCUCCAGGUGGGGGACAUCAACCCUGGGACCUGAGUCAAGACCACAUGGGUCCACAAAGCUGGGCACUGCCAAGUGCAGUAAGAACGCUAUACACAAAUUAAGCUUGCAGCCAUGAGGAAACUGAGCUCCACAGAGGCCACAGUGCAGGGAUGAAAAUUCCCUGUAAUUGGCCGGCGAUUUUUUUGCUUGCAGGUGGUGAAAUAAAGAAUUAUUUGAGU